AUGGAUAUUGAUUACUAUAAAGUAUUAGGCUUAAAAAGAACAGCUUCGGAUUUUGAUAUACUAAACGCAUUUCGGAAAAUCGUACAUAAAUUUGGUAUGGAAAAAUUGAACGAAGAUGAAACAAAUUGUAGGCUUAUUGCAUUUGAAGCUUAUGACGUCCUUAGUAAUUCUUUUUGGCGUGUAAUUCAUGAUCAAUUUGGGAUUGGGCCAAUGAAAUUAGGCGUAUAUGUUGAUAAAAAAAAAGAUAUCAGACGGUAUUUGUAUCAUGGUGAUAUUUUUUCAACGUACAAGUCAGUUUAUGGAUCCACGAAUCCGUAUACUCAUAUAAUAGCCAUGUUAUCAAACAGGAAGGCAACUAUAAAUGUUGGCAUUAAACCAGACAUUAAAAAGAUUCCGAUAAAUUUAACAUUAAACGAAAUAUUUUAUGGAGCAUCAAAAAAAAUUAAUAUCCCCGAAAGUGAUGGAAGAACACAGUGUAUUACUAAUUUAAAAAUAUCUAAAGGCUUACCAGUUAACAGUGAGAUUGUUCACAACUUAACUGAUGGAAGAACCGUAAUUUUUAUCACCAAUGAUUUACCACAUAAACAUUUCGUAAGGAGUGGAAAAGAUUUGAUAAGCACUUAUACUGUGACUAUCGAAGAAAUGCUGUAUGGUGUUCAGUUUUUAGUACACACGUUAGAUAACAAACAACUGAGAGUGAAUAUCACACAAGUAAUAACACCAUCAUAUCAAAAGAUAAUACGAGGUGAAGGAAUGCCAGCUUACGGAGAAAAUUCUGAAAAGAGGGGUGACAUUAUACUGCAAUUUAAAAUUCAGAUUCCACGCGAUUUCUCGGUAAUACAAAAAAUGAUUUGCAAGACCCCGUCGGAAAUUGAAGAUUUUCGAAAUUAA